ACUGCAGCUGUAAGCUCACUCGGCUCUACACAACUACUGCGACACACUAACACUAUCUUUGAACAACACACACACACGCACACAGGAGCAUCUUUGAGCUACACACACACACACACACACACACACACACACACACACACACACACACACCUCUCAUCAGGAGCUCCUGCACUUCCAGAAGAGGAGGAAGGAGGGAGGAAGAAUUUGGCCUUCAUACUGCUGGUCUGCAGGGAUGAGGAGGGUGCUGCUCCUGGCCGCUUUAUGGCUGCUGCUGGUCCUGACCAUGUCCGACGGCCUAGCCAGAGAACGACCUCGUAACCCGCGUGGUGAGACUCGGCGGAUGAAGAGGAAAAGGGACGGACACGGUCACGGUCGAGCCAGAGCAGGCCGCCCUAAACCUCGAAAGAUCCAACAUAUUACUGGUCUCAGCAUUCCAGUGGAGCCUGUUCUUGAGAAUGCCGUCUUCUUGGAGUCCUACAAGAACCUACAAGAACAACACUCCAGCUACAAUAUUCUCCCAGGUAAGCAGGGUCAGUGUAUCUACCAGGGUCUGACCAUGUUCAACCAGGCCGUGUGGUCUCCCCAGCCCUGCGUCACCUGUCUUUGUACCGGAGGGCGGGUGGUUUGCGACGAGAUUACAUGUCCUGUCAUGCCCUGCCGCCUCUCACUCACCCCCCCUGGGGAGUGCUGCCCCGUCUGCAUGGAGCCAGAUCCUGACCUCAGCCUUGACCUUUCUGGUGACUCCCCAGUUCCGAGUGACCCCGGUGACUCAGUCACCCCACUGACCCCGGAGGAGAUCCAGCGUAUAUUGUGGCGAGAGGAAGAGGAGCACCGUGAAGAAGAGGAGCGCUUGAGGAAGAAAGAUGAGGCAAAGAAGAGGAGGAGGCAGGAGAAGAAAGAGCAGGAAGAGAGGCAGAACACAAUAGCAGAGGAGAGAAGGAGGCAGGAGGAGGCGGCGUUGCAGUUGCAGGUGGAGAAAGAGGAGGAGGACAGGAGAAGGACGGAGGCAGCAGAGAAAGAAGCGUGGAAAAGAGAAAAAAAGCUAAGGGAUAAUAUACUGAGGGAGGAGCUACAGGCAGCAGAGGAGGAAGAGGAGGUGUGGCUAAGAGGAGACGUCUUUCAAAUGCCCCCGAAAGAAGAGGAAGAACCCGAGGAACUGCAUCUCCUCCCUGCUCCCAUUCCAAGACCUCCUGCUGCCACAGAGGAUGAGCUGAAGGAUAAGGAGGCUGAAGUGGAGGAGGGGGAAAGAAGAAAGGAGGAGAAAGAAGAGGUGCUGAACAGAGGUGGUCUUCCACAAGGCUGUGAGCUCUCUGAUGUCACAGUGACUUGUGACAAUGCCAAACUCACUUACUUCCCUCCUCUCUACAUGCCUGAACUCAAGUCUCUCAGCCUGGAGGGAAACAACAUCAGCAGCAUCCCAGCAGAGGCCUUUAAUGGCAUUCCCAGCCUGGAAUGGAUAAACUUGAAGAAAAACAAAAUCACUUCCACUGGAAUCGAUGCCAGAACAUUUAAAGGUCUAAAGAUGCUGAGGCGUCUGUACUUGGAUGGAAACCUUCUAGAUGCCAUUCCCCCCAACCUCCCGCCAACCCUGCAGGAGUUGAAGAUCAAUGAAAACAAACUACAGAAGAUCCAUGGGAACAGUUUCCACGGUCUGAGCAGCUUGGUGAUUCUGGAGUUGGAAGCCAAUCUGCUGAGCGAGACCAAUGUGGACCCAAUGGCCUUUGUGCCCCUCGUGGAGCUCUCCUACCUCAGACUGGGCAGAAACUUCUUCCGCUCUAUCCCGCAGGGUCUUCCCAGUUUACUGUUGGAGUUGUACCUGGAGAACAACCUGAUAGAAGAAAUCCCAGAAGGUGUUUUUAAUUACACCAAAAACUUGAACGUGGUUUCCCUGAGACACAACAGACUGGAAGAGACCAGGAUGGCUCCACUGGCCUGGAUCAACCACAGGAAUCUGGAAUCCAUCGACCUGUCGUAUAAUAAACUCUACCUGGUUCCGUCCUACCUGCCCAAAUCUCUGGUCCAUCUAGUGCUGGUGGGGAACGACAUAGAGAGGAUACCUGGUUUUGUGUUUGCCCACAUGGACCCUGGUAUCGAGUACCUCUAUCUGUCCUACAACAAACUGGAUGGGGAGGGGAUAGAACCAGAGUCCUUUUUUGGAUCCUACCAUUCCAUGGUGGAGCUGUGUCUGGACCACAACCAGCUGGUGACUGUGCCAUCAGGAAUCAACGAGAUGACAAACUUACACUUCCUCAGACUCAACAAUAACAAGAUCAGGAGUAUCCCUGAUGAGGGCAUCUGUGACCCGGACCACAGUGGAGACUCUACUUUGGUGGCCUUGAGGUUGGAGAACAACCUCAUUGACGCCAAAAAGAUUUCCCCAACAGCCUUCUCCUGUGUGCGCUCCUCCUCCAGCGUGGUCUUAAAACCCCAGAGAACCAAAUGAGCUAAAACCACACUACAGAGAACACUUUUGCAACUCAACUUUUCAAUGCUAAAUAAGUUUGUAUGUAAACUACCAACAAAAAUCAAAGACAAAAAUAUAUAUUUGAGCAGCUGACAUCAUAGCAGCCUAUUAAAGGGGCAAGUGUCACUCAGAACUCUGCAACCCUAUAAAACAAUGGUUAUAUUGUUAUUUGUGGUCUCCGAGGCCAGCACCUCUGAGGUAGCAAACAUAACACAACACUACAUGUAACUGAUCGCUUUAUUUUGAUAAACAUGCACCAGAAUCGCCUGUCUGCCCGGUUGGCACUUGCACGUGUGAACAGAAAAGUACGCUACCCGUCUUGUGUUGACGUUCACGUUGUUUCUUAUGAUUGAGAAAAUGAAAAAUAGUCAAUAGUAAAAUGUGCAAUCAAUUGAUGACAGCUUGUCACAGGCUACGGCUAUCUAUACUAGUGUGUUUGAUCGCUCAUCUUUCAAUCUCAUUUGACUUUCUGGCUUCUUUGUUUACACAUUUUGCCUGGCUCUCACCGCCUCUCUGGCGGCAGCUAGCUAACUCGUUUUUGGUCCCCGGACGAGCUACAAGUGGCUAUCACGUUCAUGGGGUUCAUGCUAACUUACUUUUUUAAAGUGUCAUAAAAAUUGAUAUUUGUCAUAAUAAUAAAAAAAAAUUGCAGAUGCAGCAGUGGCAUGAAACAGCGGCGGCAGUCCACACACCCAUGCAGCCCACCACCACAUCUUCAAAAAAUCUUAGGGGAAACCCUGUUAUGACAGAGAAUUCAAAUACAAACUAUACACCAUUUUCUAAUUAUAGUUUGGUAACAGUUUCUGGGAAAUUUCUUGUCUUUUUGACUUUGUCAAAUUUUCCAGUGACAGCCUGAGGCUGAAGAUCAAUAAUUACAGUGGCAGGGACAUCUUAAAUUAAAUAAUGAUUGAAGAUGAUUAUGACCAUGCUUCCUUUCUUGGUAAGACAACUUGUAAACAUUAGAUAACUGAGAGCAGAUGAAAAAUAAAAGUGUAAUGAGAUGUGUUCAGCUCUCAGAUGCUGGAGGAUGACUUCUUAUAACAAGCUGAAGUUAAGAAUUUGUUGGGGCGCACAGUUCAAAGAUUUUUUAUGAAAAUAUGAAUGGCUAAUGCAGUCAUCUGUGUCACAUUCACACACUUGAGACAGUGAAAGUAUGUACAAAUGACAGUGUUUGCAAAACAAUCCCUGUUACCAUGGACCUGCAGUACCAACUGAAAGUGAUGUACAAUGCAUGGCAGGCCAGUGGCCGGUGAUAUCACUUUAUAAUAAAAUCACUAUGCACGUG